AUGCCCGCACGUGGCUGUGCCCCUGUUGAUGAGCAGAUCGCUGGGACAGACACGGAAGGACGACGCUACAGGUCAGUGGAGGAGAUGUGGGGACGCGAGUUGCAGGGUAACUUGUACGACGCGAAGACAGGGUGGUAUGGUAAGUCUCUCCAGUACUGGGGCAGCGUUCCGGCUACCGUCAGCGGUGUACUGGGCGGUAUGGAUCAUGUGCAUGAUAUCGACAUCCGUGAUUCACGCGCUUUCAUAUGCUGCUUGCCGGAGCGCGGCACUACACGUGCACUUGACUGCGGUGCCGGUAUUGGUCGAAUCACCAAGUCCCUUUUGUGCCACUUAUACGAUGUGACAGAUCUUCUGGAACCGGUGGCAAGCAUGCUGGAGAAGGCGAAAGAGGAACUUGAGGGGUUUCCAGUGGGCGAUUUCUUUCAGUCGUCGAUGGAGACAGCGAAGCUUCAACCGAAGACAUACGACCUCAUUGUUAUUCAAUGGGCGGCGAUCUAUCUGACAGACGAGGACUUUGUUGCUUUCUUGGUACGCUGCAAGGAGGCACUGACACCGAAGGGGUACAUAUUCUUCAAGGAGAAUUGCGCGUCUGACGACGAGUUCAUUGUUGACAAGGAGGACAGUAGCCUGACGCGAUCCGACAAGCACUACAAGCGUAUAUUUGCCGCUGCCGGUAUUGAGGUUGUUAAGGAGGCUAUGCAAGGCGAUUGGCCUGAUGAUCUGCUGAAGGUGAAGAUGUACGCACUACGCUAA